AUGAAUACAUCUGUUGAUUAUAUUUUAGGCUCUUUGGAGCGUGGCUAUUCCAUAGAAAUAGAAUUAUAUAAAAUAGCAGCUGCAAUUGAUGAUUUCGUAAAUUGUUCAAAGUUCAAUCUCGUUCCUUUACACAUAAUUCGUCAAAUUAUACAAGACUCAAGCGGAUUUUCCCCAAAAUCUGCAGCAAGAUUUAUAGAAAAGCUAGUUGAAGUGCAUGGUAAUGCAGCAGCAUCAUUAAUUUACGAUUUUAAAUUCAAAGAACAGAAAGAUUACGUAGAAACAUUUAAGAAUUGCAAGAAGCUCGCAUUAAACACUCGUGAUGAUAUUUUCACCGCUAUUACUAACAAAGAUUGUUUUUCAAUCAGAUAUUUUUUAUUCGAUCCUAAAAAUGCUAAUCUCGCAAACAGUGAUAACGAAACGCCCAUAUUCAAAGCUGUUGCAAGUGGGGAAAUUGAUACAGUCAAGUUUUUAAUCAAGUGCGGAGCAGAUGUAAGACAUACAUCAAGAACAGGCAGUACUUGUCUCCAUUACGCGUCAUUAAACCCUACAACUGAGAUUGCUGAGUUAUUGAUAUCAUACGGAUGCCAAGUAAACAAAAGAGGAGAAAGAUAUCCGAUUGAAUACGCCAUUUUCGAUAAUUCUAUUGAACAUGUUAAAUUAUAUAUUAACCAUCGAGCAAUUCUGAUGCCAGAGCUACUAUGUUUGUGUUGUAUUUACGAUAGAUUGGAAAUCUUUAAAUUAUUAGAAGAUUUAUGUCCUUUAACACAAAAACACGAGUUCUUAUACUUGUGUUCUGUCAAUGAUUCCAUUGAUGUGAUGACGUAUUUGCUAGAUAACGUACAAAAGUAUAAAUUGAAUGUUUUUCAAAUUCAAAAAGACGGAAAAACAAUUUUUGGAUUUGCAGCUGAAAAAGGAUCCGAUAGAUGUUUGGCAAUACUUGCUGAAAGGUAUAAGAGUGCUCUAUUAAGAGAAGAUGACAUCUUCAAUCUCGCAAUUAACAGUGGAAACGCGAAAUGCGUAAAAAUUCUUCAUGAAAAUGGAUUUGAUGUUACGAGUUUUAGUUUUUAUUUGGCAGCGAAAAAUGGUCAUUACGAUAUCAUGGAGUACUUCUUUGAUAAGUUUGAUGGUAAUUAUUAUUACUAUGAUUCAAAUGGAUAUGAUGGAUUGUUGUGUUCAAUUUAUAAUAAUUAUGUAAGCACAACAAAAUUUUUCAUUUCGCAUCAAUUAAAGAUUUCUUAUGAGUAUUUGAAAACAGCAAUAGAAGAAGAUAAAACGGAGAUUGUGGAUUUGAUUACUGACGCUGUGGAUGUGGAUAGUAACCAUCCUUUGUUUUUGGCAGCGCGCUUGAAUAAGAAAAAAAUGAUGCUGAUGUUACUUAAAAAAGGUGCAAAUCCAAAUGUAAGUGAAAAUAAUGAAUGCUGUUUGACUUAUUGUAUUAAACAUGGAACUCCGAAGUUGGCACAAUUACUAUUAGAUUAUGGUGCUGAUCCUUGUUUAUUUAAUAAGGAUCAGGAUUUGAUUCCAAUUGUAGCAGCUUUUAAUAUGAAGAUUGACAUCUUGAAAUUAAUUUUGAAUUAUAUUGAUCCAAAGAAAUUGGAUACAAACAUUCAAGGUAUACUAUUUGCAUUGUGUGUAAAAAAUCCAGGAACUCCAAUCUCUAGCAUGAUAUUGAAGCAAUUUUGUUUUACACCAAAUUUAGCGAGCGGAAAAUAA